CUGCCAUGAGGUCACCGCGGCGCUAUGCGCUGUGCCCGCCGCCGCCCCUGCUCCGCUCCGUUGCGUCAGGCAGGGGGUAUCCCCGCCGCGGCCGACCGAGCGGGGCAUCCCCGCCGCGGAAACACCCCGCGCUGCUACGCCUGUCCCUCGCCGGCGGGGCGGGGGGGUGAUCCUGCCUCCAUCCCCUCCGCCGCCUCCGCACCACCCCCCCGCGCCGCGGGCGCUCGGCCGUCGCUCGGGAAUGUCAGCAGUGGUUCGCCGGGGGACCGCGCGGGGAUGUCAUGCGAUGCGAUAGGGAGGGAAGGCAGCGCCCUGCGCCGAGGGAAUCGCACCGAGCCGGCCACGCGGAGGGGAACUCCAGCCACAGCCACCAAGACACUUUUUUUUUUUUUUUGUAGGAGGAAGCCGGGUCUGGCACCCCCCGCCAGCGUGCCGCUGCGGCUCCCCCUCCCCCCCGCCGCCGUGAGGGCUACCGGGAGGAUGGGUGUACGCGCCGGGGUCCCCGUGCGCUGCCCCGCACUCCACCCCCUGCGCAGAGGAAGCCGGGCGGGGGCGUGGCCCCACGACAAUGGGACUCGCCGGCGCUAUAAAUACCCGCCCGCAUCUAUAUUUGGUUUGGCCGGAUCACAACCAGGGGGGCUGGGAGGGGGGUGUCCCAAAAAUAGCCCCGCGCUCCCGCCCGCCGCCGCCGCCGCCGCUCAAUGGGCUCCGGCCCCGCCCCCUCCCUCGCGCGCGAUCCCGAGCGCCUCGCGCGGGGCCCGGCGGGGCUAAAUUUAGCAACGCCGCUUGCGUCAAUGACGCGGCCGCCGUGCGUCAGCCCCGCCGCGCCCCGCCCCUCGGAACGGGGCCCGCCGCGUCCUGUGCGUGGAUUGGCCGCGGCGGCGGCACGAGGGCGGUGACGUGGGGGCGCGGGCUGGCCCCCGCCGGGGGCCGGCGGCGUCCGGAGGGGAAGCGCGGCCGCGCGGGGAGCCCGGCGGGUUCCCCCGCGGGGGGAGCGGGGCCUGGCAGCGCCGCGGCCCCGGACGGAGGGAGGGAACCAGGGAGGGAGGGAGCGAGGGACGCCCCGGCGCCCGGGGGAAAACGGCGCGCACCGCCUCGGGAAGGGGAUCCCGGGCUCGGACGUGGCCGUAGCGCCGCCGGUCCGCGGCUUCCGCAGAGCUCUGCGCCAGCUCCGGCUUUGUCUCCCCGGGAGGGAGCACGCUCCGCGGCGGUGCCGGCAGCGGGAUGGUGGAGCGAGAUGCAAAGCGAAAGUGCCGCCGCUGCCGCCGGUCCCUCCUCCUCGGGGCGGCAGGCGCCUCGUCCGCUCCGGCUCCCGUCCGUCGGGAGAACAUACUUGGCGGAGCCCCUCUGUGUGAAGCACAAGCGCAGCACCGGCCCUCACGGCUGCGGUGACAGUCGCGAACAUCCCGGCCGCCGGCCCGGUGCCCCAGGCAGACACACAGACACCGAAAGACACACGGACACAGUCACAAGUGGGCGACAGCGCGGACGCUUCUCAGGGCCGCUCGCACUUGUGCCCGCUCUGUGAGCGGCACCUCCGGCAACCUGCUCCUUGCUCCUGCGCACUGGAAAGUUUCGAAAGAAAAGAAAAAGAGAGUGAAAAAAAGAGAAAAAAAAAAAGUUGGAGAAGAGAAAAUAAUUCGGAAAAAAAAAGGCAAAAAGAAAAAACGUUUUUUAAAAAUUAAAAAAGUGAAAGAAACCUUUAUUAAUUAAUCCUAAAAGUUCCACUAAGUAACCAAGCAAAGCUCUUUUCAUUUGAGUCUCUCCAGUAAAGAUAUAAUACUUUUGUUAUUA